GUGCGCGCAAGUGCAGUCAGUACCGUGAACCUCCUGGAGAGAAGCUUAAGAGACGACAGGGGGUUAUUUUUCUGCUGCAUUUAAAUAACUGAACUUUAUUAAUGAAUAUCGAGGUUUCAGUACUGUAUUUUGCCAAAAGUGCAGAUUUGGCAGGCGUGAGGUCAGAGACCAUUUCAGUUCCUCGUGAAAUAAAAUCAUUGCAGCUUUGGGAAGAAUUGGUCACCAGACAUCCCAGACUUGCUGCCAUACUGGACCAGGUUGUCUUGGCUGUCCGUCAGGAAUACGUCACUCUCGGAGAUCAGUUGUUGUUCCUCCAGCCAGGUGACGAGGUCGCUGUUAUCCCUCCUAUCAGCGGUGGCUAA